CGGGGGCGGGGCAGCACACGCGCAGUGAAACCCCCCAGCGCGUCUAAGGCUCCUUCAGCUCUUGAUCAAGGAUGGCGCGCGCAUGCGCCGCUGUACUCCUUGGCCUCAGCGGAAGCCACGCUCCUCCCUCCAGUCUUAAAGGGCUAGAAGCAGCUUCGGGGUUCUAUUUUUUAUUUUUUGGUACUUUUGCAGGGCAAGGGUGCGCAGGCGCAGUGGAGGAGGUCUUCGGUAGGAAUAGUCGUCGCGUAUUAAGUUGCUGCUCUAUGUCCCAGCAGAGGAAGCUAGAGGACUGAGCGUCCGGUCACCAACUUGCUCUUCACGAGAUCUACUGGAGCAGAAAAGUUUGUGAACAGAGCUUCCUGAGUUUUGGGAGACCCAGGCUAGCAGCUUAGGGGGACGGAGGAGGCUGGAGGGAGCUUCCUCCAUGGAGCCCACUCGGGUUGCAGAGAUCCCAAACCAGCAGUCCCCUGCUCCUGACCUAGAGGAUCCUGAGGACCCCAGAGAUGAAUCCCCAGAUAGCUCAGACACUGUUGUCCUCAGUCUGUUCCCCUGCACCCCAGACACUGUGAAUCCUGAAGCAGAUGCCAGUGCAUCCUCACUACAGGGAAGUUUCUUGAAGCACUCCACAACCCUCACAAACCGGCAACGUGGGAAUGAGGUCUCAGCUCUGCCAGCCACCCUGGACUGUGACAACCUGAUCAACAAACCAGAUGAACGUGGUUUCACCCCCCUCAUAUGGGCCUCAGCCUUUGGAGAAAUUGAGACCGUUCGCUUCCUGCUAGACUGGGGUGCUGAUCCCCACAUCCUAGCCAAGGAGCGGGAGAGCGCCCUGUCGCUUGCCAGUAUGGGUGGUUACACAGACAUCGUGAGGUUGUUGUUAGACCGUGACGUGGACAUUAACAUCUAUGACUGGAAUGGGGGCACACCACUGCUCUACGCUGUGCGUGGGAACCAUGUGAAGUGCGUGGAGGCCUUACUGGCCCGGGGUGCUGACCUCACCACAGAGGCCGACUCUGGCUACACCCCAAUGGACCUCGCAGUGGCCCUGGGAUACCGAAAAGUGCAACAGGUGAUGGAGAGCCACAUCCUCAAACUGUUCCAGAGUACCCUGGGGCCUGCGGACCCUGAGUGAAGACAGCCUCUUGGGAACCCAGGCACUCGGAGACAAACCAGUCAGCCCACAACUGGCUUGAAAGGCAGCUCCUGGACAGUGGUGGGAAGGGCCCUCCGCAAUGGGAACCAAUAAAUCCGUGCAGAACUUGAA